AUGGUAUUAGAAUAUGCUCCAAAUGGUACUUUACGUGAUUAUAUUCAAAAGAAUAUUGGGACAUUAGAUUGGAAACGUAAAUCGCUUAUCUUACAAGGGAUUGCGUCGGGUUUAAGAACCAUUCACAGUGCCAAUUUAAUUCAUGGUAAUAUUCAUACCGGAAAUAUUUUACAAGAAAAUUUACGUUCAAAUAUCGGAGAUUUUAAGUUUGCCACGAAAUAUCAUGCCAAAAAGAAACCCUCCUCUUCUUUACCUACCGCUGCCAAUGCUUCGUUAAGUGAAGUAUAUGGUGUAAUGCCUUUCAUUGCUCCUGAAAUAUUAAGAGGACAACAGACUACUUUAUCGUCUGAUAUUUAUAGUUUUGGCAUGAUAAUGUGGGAAUUAUCUUCAUUAAAUUUACCAUUUUAUGAUAAACCUCAUGAUGCUCAAUUGAUUAUGGAAUUAUGCGGUGGAUCUCGUCCUGAAAUUGUUAUAGAAACUCCCGAUGCUUAUGUUUCUUUGAUGAAGCGUUGUUGGCAUUCUGAUCCUUCUAAAAGGCCUACCGCAGAAGAAUUGGUUUACAUUACUGAUGAAUUAUCAUCAUCUAUGUCUUAUAAAAAGAUAGGUUUACCUGAAAAAGUAUUGUUGGAAAAUAGCAUGAUGGAAUCUUUGAAAAAUAUUCAUCCUUCAGCUGUUUAUUCUAGUAGACUGUUGCUUACUCUUUAUGCUAUUCAUAACCAAGAUGACAAUGAAGGUAUUUAUCAUUUUAACAAAAUUCCAUUCCUUUGA